GACUUUGUGUCAAAUUCAGGUUCAUUUUGCAAAAUACAGAAAUGUCAGAUCUCCACACUGUGGAAAACACGUGAAAUGAAACAGAGUGUACGUUCACUGCCUACGACAAGACACCGGAAACGACACAUCUAAAGAGAGAAAAAGAGCGAGGGUGGAGGAAAUUGAUCAACUGCAGAGACCACAGAAGAGAACAGUUGCAAGCAGGUCCGCUAUGGAAUGGAAGUAAAAAGGUCUCAUUUUUAAAUGUCUGCUAAUAUUUUCACAGCAAUCACAAAAUGGCUGGACGAUACUCAUUAAAAAGACAGAUACUGCCACAGCGGAAUCAUUGGAUCUGGCUGAUUGUUUUAAGCAACGUGGCCCUCAGCAUACAAGCAGACGAUUUAAAUUGCAUUGUCUACAAUGAUGAAUUUAUGGAAUGUAGAUGGAACCACACUGAAGGCAAACCAAACAGCACGCUGUUCUAUUGGUAUGGCUCAAGACCAAAACAGGAAUGUGUGAACUACAUCCAAGAAAAUGGCUAUAACAUUGGUUGCUAUUUCUCAAAAGACAAAAUUAUCGAAUUUGAAAACUUUUACGUUUACAGAAGUGGAUCCAAUGACUCAGGAAAUAUAUCGUCCGGGGUCAAAAACUUCCAGCUGCAGAACCAAGUGAAACUCGAUCCUCCUGCCAACCUGACGCUGAAUAUGUCUGAAAACAAUGAGCUCUUUUUGACCUGGGACCCACCAGCAAAGCUACUGAAAUGUCGAAUGUAUGAAAUCCGGCACCGCAGUAAUAAGGAUAAAGAUUGGCAGGUGCAAGUCAUCAAUGCACAAACAAAGUAUGUUUUGUCAAGUGUAGAUCCAGAGAAAUUCUACACCUUUCAAGUGCGAAGUAAGUCUAACCAGUAUUGUGCCAACGCUAAGCUGUGGAGUAAUUGGAGCCCGGCUAUUCAGUGGGGAAAAGAGCACACACAGUCAGAGGGUUCAACAGGUCUCCGUACUACAAUCACAGUCCUUUCUCUUCUUGCAUUAAUCCUACUUAUUGUUAUGGCGACAAAGAAUGAACGGUUGAAGGUAAUAAUCAUCCCAAAAAUACCCAAUCCAGGCAGAAGCUUUGAUCCUUUGUUCAACAAUCACAAUGGCAACUUUCAGGACUGGCUUGGUGUCCCAAAGGACGCAUUGGAAGGUUUCAAAUCAGCCUACCGCGAGAAUGUGUGUAUCGUGAGCGAGUCACCAGUAAAUCCUUCCCUGAGCAGUGUCCAUGGAGGGUCCUAUGAGCAAUGUGGAAUGACACAGAUUCCAGAAAAAGUUCCCUUUUUUGGCACCAAAAGAGAGGCUCAACCAAAAAACACCUCUCCUGCAAUGCUGUUUUCUGAUAUUGCCGUUUUUGUAGAGAGCAAUAGGUAUGCCAUUAAUGAAAACAUCUAUGUCAGAGUCUAACAUUUGUCAUAUUUCAAGUCUUUGUGACACUGGAGAAAAUCUAUUAACAGUGGUACAAAAUCCUGAACGAAUCCACAGGCUUUUCAGGAAUAAAAUUCCCAAAAUGUUAAAUCUUACAACAAUCUCCGUAGAGAAAAUCAAAAUAAAAAUGUUGAAAAUACGACUGGUCUAUCAGGAUAUUAACUCGAAACAUUUGUCUUUCUCUUUCAGAAUCUAAUCACCUCUUGAUUUUUCUCGUAUUUUAGUUCAUAUUUCAACUUCAUAGUAAGUUGCAGAUUUUUAAAAAGAAAUUGCUCAGGCAUGUGUAGAAAAUUGGGCAGGAGAAAGAGUGCACAUUUCAGAUUGAUGACUUCUCAUCAAGAUAAAACAUUAGCUUCAUCAGACUGUCCCCUGCUGCUGUCUGACGUAUUGAAUGUCUCCAGCAACUUCAGUAUUUAUUUCAGACUUUUAGACUCUGUAGUAUUUUGCCUUUGGGCAGCAUAAGUAUUACCUUACAUACAAUUCCAUAUUUCAGGUUUGAUUUCCCAAUUAGAGGAGCAGUAGUCUUUGGGUAUAACAGUUGGGAAUUGAAGCCCCUGAUCUUUCCUCAUCCAGUUAACUUAUUGAAAAGUAAGGGACUGAGAGUCAACUACUAAGCACAAUGUUGCCUGUGGCUCCCAUCACUUAGUGAGACCUUCCAACUGGGCAGUCAGAUAUUGGCUUCACAACAUCAGUAUUUUGUAUAGUUGUAGAAUAUAAAAGUGGAUUUUUCUUCUUAAGGGAGACAAUUCAAAACUGCAUUUGACCUUUCCUGGUAUGAAUGCAAGAUGGUAGCGGAUUAGGUGCAAAAUAGUAAAUAAUAAAAGUUCUUCUAGAAUGCAUCAUGUCUCAGAAAUUAAGUGAGGUCAUAAGCUAUGAGAAAGUAUAAAAGAACUAAUGUACAUGAAUUUUGUAUGAUUUAUUGGAUGUGUAACAAUCUUAACACAACUUGUGUAUUAUUUUUGCUAUUCUUAUGUAAUACACAUAUGAGACUGAAAGUG